AUGACUUGCACUGGCUGCUCAAGUGCAAUCACUCGCGUCCUCACCCGCCUCGAAACGGCGGGCUCCAUUCAGUCCUUCAACGUGGACCUCGAAGGGCAAGACGUGACCGUUAAGCCUGGUGCGGCAGGAAUGGGCUUCGAUGAGGUCAGGGAGAAGGUGGCCAAGACGGGCAAGGAGAUUUUGAGUGGCGAGGUUGUUGAGGCUUGA